GCGCCGAUCCCUCAGUCAUGACGAUAUACCACCGGUAGGGGGUUGUCGCCAAGCUCAAUAAUAAUAAAAUCACAAUACCACCGCCGUUAACCGCGUGGAUAUCGCUGUUGAACGAGUGGUUGGCGUUUGUCUCUUCUACAAACCCCCUCCCCCAGUUACGAGCGUUGCGGUUACUACCGCGCGAGCCGCCGAGGUGAUGCCCCAUGCGAGCGAAGACGGAGGCGCGGCCGGCGAGGACGCGUGCAGCUCGGACGAGCUGAUCGUGUUCAAGGACGAGGACGGCGGCGAAGACGUGGUCAAGCGUUCUUCCGAUAAAGUCACCGAAGAGAAGUCCGACCUGAUCGACUUGUCAGAAUCUGAGAAAGUCAGUUCAAACCAUCGAUGUUCUCCUGUAAAAACCAGCAGUUCUACUCCUGAUCUCAACCGAAGUAAACCAGGUCCAACUCCCCAUCCACCUGCUUUCAACAUGGGCUAUCUCGUUGCACCUUAUCCAUCGCCCUACGCUAAUGGCACUACGUCUGUGUCAAUGAUGAGUUCCUAUCUCGAAUCUCAAAGGGAUCCUUUAACCGCAAGCAAGAUUGGUUUAGGACCAGCCCAUCCAUUCUUUUGCCACAACGGCGAGCAGCUGGGUACCCAACCACCACCCGCCCAUAUGGGCAUACCUCCUUACCAACUUGACAAAGCACCCGGACUUCCGAGGCCUUCAAUGUACCCAUUUCCCACAGGCCAGUACCCUUAUCCGUUAUUAAGUCCGGACAUGUCACAAGUUGCAGCCUCAUGGCACACACCAGCCAGUAUGUACCAUCAGAUCUCAUCGGCUGGAACUGGUUUUAGAGGAUCCUACCCACCUUCUUUAGGCACAAGCCUAACUAGACGACGACGAAAUAUUACGAUUAUCUAUGUAUUAAUUGUUGCUCGUACUCGGUUUUUUAGGCGCAAAAAACGUUGCAUACGGUACAUCGAGAGCGGCGGCGACUCUGGCAACCAGUCUGACGACAACCAGUCGACGGGCAGCCUGGGCCACUCGGACAACGAGGAAGCCGACUCCGCGUCCAGCCCCGGUGGCCUGAGCGCCCUGUCCAGCCUGACCAGCCCGGGAAUGUUGACGCAGGCCAGCCUGUCCCCUGCCACGCCACUGACGCCUCACGUGUCCGAGUACGAGUGCCCGCCGAUGUCCGUGCGCAUGCCGUUGGCCGUGGUGGUGCCCACCAGGCACCAUCAGCCGGUUGGCACCAACCCGCACGACAUCAACAACCCGCUCAGCGUCAACCAGCUGACGGGUGGUGUCGUCAACAACAAGUGCCAUAACAACCCCAGGGAUCUGCAGCAGCAGCAACAGCAACACCAGCAGCAGAACGAUCUGAAAACCGGCGGUGGCCCGAACAACCAAUCCGAACAACAACAGCGCCCCAACAACAGUAACCGGACGCUGCCCGCCAUCAGCGUGACGUAGCGAAGCUAAACGACASUACAUAAUAAUAAUGAUAAUAUAAUUGUAACGAUGACGAUGAUGUCACGUGUAGGAUAAUCAUAUUGUUAUUGUUGUUGUUGUUGCGUACCAUGAUGUUUAUUAUUAUUAUUAAUAUUAUUAUUAUUAUUAUU